UUCUUCACGCUAUUCGAGUCGAAGACCUUAUCUCUGGUAUACCUCUUGUGGCGGGCCUUCCAUCGGAUCCAUGCGUUCAAACCGACGGCCAGUAAAGCGGGAAACUCUGAGAUCUAUUUGGUGUGCAUUGGAUUCAACGCGAGUCCAGAGUUGGCGACAAUUAGCGCCAGAAUUGUGGCUAAUUGUGGAUCCGAUGGCAGUGAUGGUCAGCACUGUAUUAGUCGAUCACUGCUGGCGUCGCAGCCAUUCAUUGGCAAAGUGGAGGAAUGUGUCCAAUAUUUUAUCGACAAUCAGAUAUCUGUUAUCGAAAGCAAUUUGAAGACAUUUAAGACAAUGAGUGAUCAACAGAGACAGCAACUGAUGGCUAGGAAUCGCAAACGACUCAACGAUUUGCUGAACAAUAGCCAGAGUUAUAGCCAUCGAAAGCGUAAUGAUUUCUACACUAAUAUACUGAACUCAAAGUUUUGCGACUUAUCGGCGAUUAUAGCCUAUAAUAAGUGUCUGAAUAAUAAGGAAAAUAGUGACACGAAAGAAAUGCUCCAAAAACUAGUCUCUAGUAUAGAGUCGACCGAAUUGUUCGCUAAAAUCAUCUCAAUUUGCGAUAAAAAUAGCGAUAAUUUUGUCACACAAUUGGCGUAUUUGUUAACAAACGGACAAAACGUGGAAAUCAUUAACGAUUUAAACGAAAUGCCAUCAAAAGGGGCGCAAAAAUCGCGAAACAUUUACAUAUUGAACGCUUUGAAGACAUUUAGCUUUGAGUUGAUUAGCGAGAAGUCAGUAGUCGUUGAACUCAUCGCACAAUACAUUCAAUUGAAUGCAUUUAUCGGCGAAAAUGAUUUACUUGUCAUUCAAAUCGGUUUCUCAUUGACUCGUCUCAUGUGCGCCACUCUUCACACCAUUGCAAACACAUAUGAAUACUAUUCAGUGGUUCCCAGUAUUGGGUCAAUGGAUGGGACGGAGUGUAGACACGGAUUAGUCUGUCUUUUUCACACUAAACGACAUGAAGUGCGCAAACAGACUACCGGUGCUUACCGUGAGAGUGAGGAAAUGUUUGCACACGUAUUGAGCCAAUUAAACGGUGGCGAAGACACUGACGGCACCGGUAGGGCUAGUAGUGGAUCGUUAGUCGAAAUAAUAUCAGUUCCACUCCUGAUGUCAGACGCUAUACAACGCGAACACCAUUCAAAUGAUUGA